GGUAUGCGACACUCGAGUCCUCACCAGAACACAGUUAAAGAAAAAAAGCGCCCAUAAGUAGCUCGGUUUGCUGUUGCUGUUUGCUGAAGACCCCAGUUGUCGGUGUCGAGCCAGUGUUAACAUGGGCGUGUGGGGCAGGAGCCCAGUGCUUGUGGCAAUUCCUCUGUGGAUGUGUUUCGGGAAAGCUGCUGCUCUUGCAGAACCUGAGAUCUGUUACCUGCUGGAUGGUAUCCUGUUUUUGUACGGUAUCAUCCUGACAGCUCUCUACUGCAGAAUAAAGGUCCACAGUGCUAAGGCUGGGGCUGAAGCUGGGAAUGGAAAGCCAAAGCGGAAUGGUGAAGAGGGCAUCUAUAUGGGUCUGACCCCUCAUGCCCAGGACACAUAUGAAACCAUUGGCAUGAAGAAGUGAUGUGAUGAGUUAAAGUCAAAGACAGAAAUUUUUUCUACAUGAUUUCUUAGGUAGAAAAUGAAAAAAAUCUUUUUAAAAUUUUUUUAUUUAAGUAUUGCAUAUUAUACUCAUACGCAUAGAUUUCAAGAGAAAUGUGAGAUUGUGUGUACCAGUGUUCACUUCCCUUUUGCUUUUGUAGAAUACGUGGGAUGUUAAGAAGAUGAGAAAGAAACAGGGAAGUUGAGCGCAAGACAGGCAUUUCUCAGGAAUCUGCUGUUAUUAUUAAUUCUUGAAGGAUGUCUGUUUUGGUAUGUGUGAAUGUGUGUUAAUAGGAAAGACAUGAAUCCACUCUGCCUUUAUUAUGUACCUUCCAGUAUUAUUUCUUGAAGGCAUUGAAGUCAUCCCGAUUGCUUAAUGGCAAAAAAACCCUCCAAAAAAACCAGAAGGAAGGUGUCUGUUUUGCGGCGGAAAUAGGUCUAAAAGUUUCUUAGUGUUGCGAAGAAUGGCAGAUUAUGGAUGGACGAUAUAAAGGCUAUUGGGGGGAACAAAAAUCCAACAUGCUCUAGUAAAGCUUUGG